CAGGAGGAGAGGAGGAGUUAUGUUGCUCUCUAUUCCGACCUCUGUGGUAGCGUAUCUCUCUCCUACACACCGACUUAGAGGUGCAAGUCUGUCCUUGUCCUGCACCAAUUUCAUCUCGUCAUCGGUCUUGGCUGUGACCCAUUUUUACAGUCAUGGCACCCAAAAAGAACAAGGCCGCUAAGAAAAACAAAGCUGAUAUCAAUGAGAUGACGAUAAUGGUAGAGGACAGUCCUUCCAACAAAAUCAAUGGCCUAAACACUCUUCUAGAAGGCGGAAAUGGCUUUAGUUGCAUUUCAACAGAGGUAACCGACCCUGUUUAUGCACCUAACAUGCUGGAGGGUCUUGGCAACAUGAGGCAAGAAAGCUUUCUCUGUGAUCUGACCGUAGCAACUAAGUCCAAAGCCUUUGACGUUCACAAGGUUGUGAUGGCAUCCUGCAGUGAAUACAUCCUAAACAUGCUCAAGAAGGAUCCAUCCCUGAAGAAGAUCGAGCUCAACGAUUUGUCUCCAGUUGGUUUGGCUACAGUCAUCACAUAUGCCUAUUCAGGAAAACUGACGCUGUCUUUGUACACAAUUGGCAGCACGAUCUCAGCGGCCAUGCUGCUGCAGAUCCAUACUCUGGUGAAGAUGUGCAGUGAUUUCUUAAUGCGGGAGAUUAGUGUGGAGAACUGCAUGUAUGUCGUGAACAUUGCCGACACGUAUGGCCUGAAGGAGACGAAAGAAGCUGCUCAGAAAUUCAUGCGGGAGAACUUCAUCGAGUUCUCAGAGAUGGAACAGUUCCUGAAGCUCACCUACGAGCAGAUUAGUGAAUUUCUGACGGACGACUCGCUUCAGUUGCCUUCAGAGCUCACAGCUUUCCAGAUUGCAGUUAAGUGGUUAGACUUUGAUGAGAAGAGGCUCAAGUAUUCUCCCGACCUGCUGUCCAGCAUUCGUUUUGGAAUCAUCACACCUCAGGACCUUGUUAAUCACGUACAGAACGUUCCAAGGAUGAUGCAAGAUGCAGAGUGCCACCGUCUGUUAGUCGAUGCCAUGAAUUACCAUCUGCUGCCAUAUCAGCAGAACAUCCUGCAGUCCAGAAGAACCAAGGUCCGUGGUGGCCUCAGAGUGCUGCUUACUGUGGGUGGACGACCUGCCCUAACAGAAAAAUCUCUCAGCAAGGAUGUUCUCUACAGAGAUGAAGACAAUGUCUGGAAUAAACUGACUGAGAUGCCUGCCAAGAGCUUCAACCAGUGUGUGGCUGUUUUGGAUGGCUUCCUUUAUGUGGCUGGUGGUGAAGACCAGAACGAUGCCAGGAACCAAGCCAAACAUGCUGUGAGCAAUUUCUGCAGAUAUGAUCCCAGAUUCAACACAUGGAUCCACCUGGCUAACAUGAUUCAAAAGCGCACUCAUUUCAGCCUUAACACCUUCAAUGGUCUCCUGUUUGCCGUGGGUGGACGAAAUUCCGAAGGCUGCCAGGCAUCGGUCGAGUGCUACGUUCCCUCCUCCAACCAGUGGCAAAUGAAAGCAGCAAUGGAAGUCCCUAGAUGUUGCCAUGGCAGCACAGUAAUUGAUGGCAAGAUAUUGGUGACUGGUGGUUACAUUAACAAUGCCUACUCGCGUGCCGUAUGUUCUUAUGAUCCGUCCACUGACAGCUGGCAAGAUAAGAACAGCCUAAGCACCCCAAGAGGAUGGCAUUGUUCGGUGACCGUCGGUGAUCGUGCCUACGUUCUUGGUGGCAGCCAACUGGGCGGACGGGGCGAGAGGGUAGACGUCUUGCCAGUUGAAUGCUACAACCCUCACUCUGGCCAAUGGAGCUAUGUCGCCCCCUUGAUCACAGGGGUCAGCACUGCAGGUGCUGCCACCUUGAAUAACAAGAUUUACCUCCUGGGCGGGUGGAAUGAGAUUGAGAAAAAGUAUAAGAAAUGCAUUCAGGUGUAUAACCCCGACAUUAAUGAAUGGACUGAGGAUGAUGAAUUGCCUGAAGCUACAGUUGGUAUUUCAUGUUGUGUUGUUACCGUCCCUACACGCAAAACACGGGGGUCGAGGGCCAGCUCUGUAUCAUCAGCACCAGUUAGUAUAUAAGCAUUGAGAUAAGAGGACAAAGUAGAUCAGUUGCCAAUUGUAAAAUUAGCAGAAAAAUGCAACUUCAUUUUUGUUAAAAGAUUAAGGAUCAGUACAUGACAAAAUCAGAAAAUUGAAUUAGUCUAUAACAUUAUGAGCUGUGUAUAAAUUUUAAAAAAAUAUUUAUAUAAAUCAUUAUGUUUAAACUAAAAUUCAACUUUGUCAAAGUAAAUACAGAAGCAAAGUAAUUAAAUCUAAAGAAAAUAUGGACUUCAUGAAAGAUGGUUCACAGGUUGUGGAAAAAGUCAGAAAGAUCUCUUUUGGGGGUACAUUUGUAAUUGAUAGGUUGUACAAAAAAUUCAAACAUCCAACAUAUAUCCGUGAAGUCAAUAUAUUACCUUUCUUUGGAAAAUGUUUUUCCGAGUGGGGCCAAUUGUUUUAAAAUACAAAAUGUUUAAUAAAAUCCCUCAAUAUUAUGUUAAUGAAUUGAGUGAAAACUGAGGCAGUUACAACACUGCAAACUGUCCAAAUAUUUUAACCUUUUUCUUUAAUUAUCAAUAAAUAAAAUAGCUUAAAAAUAGUUGUACUCGCAACAUUAUUUUCCAGUGGUGCCAUCCUUUCUGCAAUGUACAAAUUGUACUGUACCUGCUUGUGGUUCACACAGGCAUAGUGUAAUACAAUAAAACAUGAAAAACAUUGCUUGAGAAAGGCAGGUUUUUUAUUUUACCUAAUCCUACCUACCAGGAGUAGAUAUGGUACUGUAAAACUAAGCAUAGUCUAUUUAGUAGUGCUAAAAACCAACACAUUAUUUUUUUUAUGCUUAAGAAACCUACACUGUUUUUGUAAUGUGUCCGUUUACACUGUAAAGGUAUGAUAUUGGUGGGUGAUGUUGUGAAGAAGGCAGAAUGGGACAUUGAAUGACAGUGACGAUUUACUAACUGAAUAAGUAACUGUGAAAGUAGUAAAAAGUUGUGCCUGAACUAUCAAACUUUUCCUGACAGUUCAUGAUUUUAAAUGUUCUGGAAAAAAACUUUUUUAUUUGACAACUGCACACACUACUGAUUUUUAGAUUACAGUAUGUAAGAUAAUACAAUCAAUGAACAGAGAUUGUAUUUGCCAGAACACAAACUUGUUGUGAAAGCUCUGCAUAUUUAUUAAAGAUUCUUAAGAAAU